UUUCAAAGCAAAUUUAACGCUCGGCUCAUUGGCUCCUCAUAUCGUUUGCCGUCGCUUCCACCGGUCGCAGCACUUGUUUUGGUCUGGAAUUUGGGGCCACAGCAGAUCACACAGCGAUUUCGACGACGCGUCGUUAGAGAAAGGGUUCUAAGACACCGACGAGCAUGGCCAUCGAGCAAGUUUUCGAGACUUUGCCGCUACACUACUUGCAGCAUGGCAUCUCAAAGUUCGGCGCUGUUAAUAUUGCUUUCGCUGUGCUAGUGAUAGUGGCUGUAGGAGUCAUCGUCGACUAUGCGUGGAUGCUGAGGCUGAGAUCUAAGAUGCCUCCAGGACCUUUCCCAUACCCAAUCAUUGGCAACACAUUUCAGUUACCAGACCACAAGCCAUGGUUAUACUUUGAAGAGCUGUCAAAGAAGUAUAACACACCGCUAAUCACGUACUGGAUUGGAAGAAACCCAACAGUAUGGAUCAACGAUGCCUGGACAGCGAGCGAGCUCCUCGACAAAAGAGCUGGCAUAUAUUGCUCGCGGCCACGCAUGCUGGUCUUUGCGGAACUGGGAGCAGGCCAAAAUAAUCUUGUGAAUCUGAUCACAACAACGCCCGCUCAGCGAGAGCGCUUCCGGGCUCUGAGGAAGUUAACGCAUCAGGGCGUUGGGAUCCAGCAAGUCAAGCGAUACCGUGACUUCCAGAACGACGAGAGUAAGGUUGUUGCGCUUGACCUGUUGAGUAGCCCCGAGAACUAUGUGGCGCACUUCGAACGCUACGCGACGAGUGUUGUGUCAAUCAUUGGAUUUGGGAGGCGAGUGGGAAGCUCUGCGGACCCUAUCAUCACGGAAGUCAUCGCAUUGAUGCAUCGUGCAGCCGACUUGAACGUGCCCGGCAAAACAUUUCCGAUGUUGAUGGAGACCUUCCCAGCGCUUGCUCGUGUGCCCACUGAGUAUGCACCGUGGAAGCACGGUAUGGGAUCAAAAAAGACAACGCACCGCGGGCACGACUUCUUCUAUUCCCUGGCUUACGAAGCGAACGAGAAGCCAGAUCAUGAGGACUGCUAUGCAAAGAUGCUUUUCAAAGAGCAGGCCAAAUACAACCUGCAAACGAAGGAGAUUUCUGCAUUGGCGGGGAAUCUUUUCGGUGCUGGAUCGGACACGUCAAGCAGCACGCUCAUUACAGCCGUACUAGCUAUGCGUGCAUUUCCCGAGACUCUCAUAGCCGCAUGGGAGGAGCUAGAUCGCGUUGUAGGCUCGGACAGGAGCCCUUCAUUCGACGACGAUGCCAACCUGCCGUACAUGCGAGCGUUCGUUAAGGAAGUCUUCCGUUGGCGUUCAGUAGCCAUUAUCGGUGGCCAGCCUCAUGCGCCAGUACAAGACGAUUACUAUAACGGGUAUCUAAUUCCAAAGUCAACAUGGGUGCAAGGCAAUGUGUGGGCAAUUCACCACAAUGAGCGCGAUUUCCCAGAGCCAGAUCGCUUCAACCCAAAUCGAUUUAUGAAGAAUCAUCCGGACGCAAGGGCGUUCCCGGGCGAGCGAGGAUAUAUGACGUUUGGCUGGGGACGAAGAGUAUGCUCUGGGCAAGCGCUCGCUGAGCAAGGAACAUGGCUGACAGUUGCGCGACUUGUAUGGGGUUUUAAGAUUGAGCCUGCGCUGGACGAGCGUGGACAGCCGAUCCCGGUGGAUAUCUUCGAUUACACUAACGGUUUAAACAUGAGGCCACAACCUUUCAAGGUCAGCAUUAGACCGCGAAGUGAGAAGAUAAAGCAGACGAUUGUUCGGGAAGGAGAGCAAGCAUUAGCGGAUCUUGCGCCAUAUGAGGGCGAGACGAAAUAUCGAAUGAGUACGUUCUACGGUAAAAAGUAGCAUGAACGCGAUGAGGACGUGGAUUUUGCAGCACAACUGGAAAAUCAAGCUACGCUGUACGCGGAAUCUCAAGUGCAACACUCGAUUCAAAGAAAAGCACCUCUCCUAACUGGGUGUCGCAAAGAGUCCAAUAUUUUCACGUGAAGGUACACUGGCUUUACUAUGCAAACUCAGGACAAUGGUCUCAUUGCAGAGAAGUUCGUAGCAGUUGGCACGAUCUAUAGGUACAGAGGAUGCCAGACAAGGCUAAACCUUGAAUCUAUUAUACGUUACAC